AUGAGAGGGAACGCAAACAGCGCUGGCAGACCCAGGGACGGAGCCGACCGGGACGCCCAGAGGGGCGGGCGCCGUACAGAGUUGCCACGACGCGAGGGAGGGGGCAAUAUGGCGAGGGGAAGGUACGGAGGGCGGGACGGGGAGCAAUGCAGCAGGCACAGAGCGUGCGGGGUGCCCGGGCGGAGGGAAGGGGAAGCGGUGUAUGCAAGGAAACAGUGCGUGGGCGACGAUAAGAAUGGCAGCAGCGAAAAAAGAGGCAGCUAUCGAUGCGUGUGCCGCAACGGUUUUUAUCAUCCGGGAGCCACCACCGCCAAUGGCACCUGGCGGGGGAUCAGCGGAAGAGAUUUGGAAGCUGGCACGGUCGUUGCCACAGGAUGCCAGCCUUGUCCGGAAAAUUGCCGAGAAAGUUGCGGAACUAAUGGAAAAUGCAUAGCGCGUCAAGACUUUUAUACGAAAACAAUUGUUCUGUGUGUACAACUGUUCGGAAUGGGAAUUGUUCUCGUAUUAUCCGUCGUCGUGUUUAAACUUAGAAAAACUAAGGCUAUAGCGACUGGUAUGUGGACCAUUUUAGAAACUAUAUUACUAGGAGUCUUUAUUUUGUAUAAUACUGUCGUCAUAAGAAUAUUCGAACCAUCUAUUAUCCAGUGUCUGCUGGAGCCCUGGAUCAGGGAGAUUGGAUUCAUCGUUUGCUAUGGAGCGAUCAUACUGAAACUGUACAGACACUUGAUAGAGUUUAGGACGAGAAAAGCGCACAGAUGGGUAGUUAAGGACACGGACCUGCUAAAGUACUUGCUAAUAAUGAUCUUGUCGGGCCUGGCUUACAUGGCAGCUUACACGGCAAUUACCCUCAACUUCAUGCAAGAGAACUACUCGUUGCUCUAUGUCGGAUGGACAAACAACGGAGAACAAUUUCAGUCUUGUAAAUAUUUAUGGUGGGACUACGUUACCGAAGCUGGAGAAUUCGCCAUUUUGGUUUUUGGUAUUCAUUUAGCCUACGCUAGCAGAACUGCAAGAACACAGUUUCACGAGAGAAGCUUUUUGUGCGCAGCCAUUAGCCUAGAAUUAGCUGUAAGUGCCAUUUUCUACACCGUUAGAGCUAUAGUCCUGCACGAACUCCAUCCAAACCUAGUUCUAAUAAUCUACUGCAUAAGGACCCAAUUGUCGCAGACGAUACUACUAGUACUGAUUUUCCUGCCCAAAUUUUGGUACCAACAGAAACAAGUACGAUCGUUGGGGCAGGAAUACUCAUGCCGAUUUCCUUUAGAUGCUUUUAAGGACCCCACAUCGCAUCGUAGCUUAUCAGGCAACAACAGUGACGUAGAAAUGGGGGAGAUUUCGAUAGCGGAGAUGAGCCCCGACGAUAUCAGGGCCGAGCUCAAGAGACUUUACCUGCAACUGGAAAUGUUCAAAGCCAAAACUAUCUGCAGGGACAACCCACACAUAUCCAAAAGGCGCGGCGGCUGGAAAGCCCAGCACAGGAGGUUUAGUUUGCAGAAAAAAGGAAGUCGGGAAAAGAGUUUGCAUGCCAGGCACAAGGACAAAGACAAACGCAAGGAAUUGGAAACGGAAGUGACAGAAGCGGAGCCAUCCAGGACACCGGAAGAGUCCGUGUGCAGCACCGAGGGACCUAGCGCCAUCUACGCGGACUUGCCGUCAACCAACCAAAUUAAUUAGGAAAUCUCAUUGUCUGUCAAAAAUGCAAUCAUUAUCAGUUGACACAAAAAGUAAAUUAAUGGCUAGUAAAAUAUCAAUUUCCUCAAAUUUAACUAUAUAUAUUUUAAUCGUAGAAACUAAAAAUGUAAUAAGAUACAGGGUGUUUCGUUUAAAAAAAACAACUUUUACAUUUUUAUUUAUUUGGGACACUCUUUUAAAAAUAACUUUAUAUUGUAGCUAUAGUAUACACGGUGUCCCAGGCUGAGCGUGCAUUAGAAGUUUCUAGAGAACUACAACAUCUAGCUCUGAGAUUUUUUGCACAUCAUAGUUUCACAAUGAGAUCUAUCGAUUAAAAAUAUUUUCAAUAUGGCGGUACUUACGGAAAUACUGGAAAUUGACAGCAACUUUCUUAUUUUAAAUGGGUGCCCUCAUUUUUUUAUUUACAUACUUAAAUUCUCUGUAAAAUUUUA